AUGUCUCGGAAGAAAUUGAAGGUAAAGCCAGAUUUUGUUGCCGACGCUGGUGCGAUGGGUAAAGAAGCCGGGCCACCCAAGACUGCGCGUCGACCCGUUCGCGGAAAGCGAGGCAGUCUACAAGACAUGCCCAACAUGCCCCUCGAUAUACUAUUAGAAAUCUUCAACCAUCUGCGACCGCGAGAUCUACUCCAUCUCGCCAGGACCAACAAGGCCUUCCGUGGAAUGCUCAUGAGUCGCACGUCGGCUUUUCUUUGGAAAGCGUCUCGCGACAAUUUCGAGGGUCUCCCUGAUUGCCCUUCAUACUUAAGCGAGCCGGCUUACGCUAACCUUGCCUUCUCCCCCUACUGCCAUAAUUGCCUCAAACCUAAUAUUCAGACGGUGCUAUGGGAGUUUUCAGUUCGGUACUGCAAUGCCUGUAAGCAAUCGCUAACCAUGACCGACCGCUCUGGUGAUUUAUAUACGAAGAUGGGGGAUACCAUGGUGUUCUCCUUGUUGAAUCAUGUUGACCUGUGGGAUCGGCGAUGCACCAGGCUCUUCCACAAACCUCAGGUUCUCGAGCUCGUGAAAAACUGGGACGCUGUCAAAAGCAACGAGGCCGCCGGUCAGAGCUUUGUGGAAGAGCAAAAAGCAAGGGUGAAAGAGGUAGCUGAACAUGCAUCGUCAUGCUAUGUGUGGGGACAGAAGAAAGCUCACUCACGACAACAGGAGUUGGAGGAAAUGAAAACGGAGCGCUUGCGAGAUGUCAUUACGAGAUUGCGCGAGUCGGGAUGGGGAGAGGAACUCGACAUAAUAGCCCCGCGACAGUAUCACGCAUUGAGCUCGAAUGCGCACGUUCGGCAGGCCAAGAAGUUGACUACUCGCAUAUGGCAAAAUAUCCGACAGGAUAUGGUUGACCUUAUGCAGGAUAUCAAAAAUCAACGUCUGGCUGAAGAAUAUAAGACCUUACUCAAGCGGCGACUCGAUACUGUUUUUGCUUUGAUUUCUAGUCAUUAUGUCAACCCUCGCAGGACGAGACAAACCGAGUUACGGCCACCUGCGGUCGAUCUCGCUCACAUGCCAGAGACUAGGGCCAUCGUAACUGGUUCCGACGAUGUAGAGCUUGGUCAAGCAAGUCAGGAUGCACUGCGCGACCUAUUGCCCACCAUGAUUGAGCGCUGGCAGGCACAAGUAAAAGCUGAAUUGACAGGACUCUUGCAAGAACACAUCACUAGCCCCCCUGACAUCGAUCCGCUCGAUCUAGCCAUUGCUUGCCUCCAUUCUCGUGUAUACCUCAUGAAUCCAGGGGAUACUCCGUAUGACCAGGCGCUCUCCAGUGUGGCAGGCUGUCAGAAGUGGUCCACUCGUCACCUCUCUGUCCCGACAUCAAUAGACGACAUCCGGGAGAUCGUGCGCACCUUUGGAGGGGAUCCCAGUCGCUCCACGAGACAAGAGAUGGAUGAUCGAGAUGUGUACCUCGCUGCCAAGAUUAUCUAUAGUGCCAAGGCACAGAUUAUGACCUGGGAUGAAGCGAUACUUUGCAAGAGUAGGAUCUGUGGUCUCUCAUGGGAGCAGCCCAGCGAGGAUGAGAUUCAGCGGCAUAAAGCAAAUCAGUCCACAGCCGACGAGGGAGCUGACAUGUGGUGCUGUUCGUUGUGCGCGAAAGACGCUGGUCGGCUACAUGCCAUGUACCGAAUCAAGGAUCAUUUACGUUCCUCCCAUUCCGUGGAAAAUCCGAACGUCGAGAAUGGCGACAUGUACCUUCAUCCCGAUGCGGACGGUUAUCUCCCUUCAAAUCGGAUGGAUUUCAUGGAAGAUUAUAUUCAUGAAUACCUCCAUGAUUCCGAUGAUGGGUUGUCGGACUGGGAGUUGGGGAUCGAUCUUGGGUUUGGAUUUGGGUGGCUCGGUUACGAUUCCGACGACUUUUGA